AUGACGCCGCUGAUGCGGGCGCUGGAGGCGCGCAACGAGUCCACGGCGGCUCUGCUGCUGGAGGCGCCGUGCUGCCUGGAGCCGGCGGCCGACGCGGCGGGGCUGACGCCGCUGCACUGGGCGGCGCGCGCCGGCAUGCCGGGGGCGGCGGCGCGGCUGCUGGGGGCGGGCUGCCCCGCGUGGGCGCCCGACGCCGCGGGCCGCGACGCGCUCACGUGGGCGCUGCUCGCCGACGACGAGCAGACGGCGGCGGCGCUGGUGCGCCUCGCCGGCUUCCGCCAGCGCGCCGACCACUUCGGGCGCACCGCGGCGCACGUGGCCGCGACGCGCGCCGGCGCCCCCGCCGUGCUGGAGCUGCUGCGCCGCGGCGCCCGCGCCGACGCGGUGGACGCGGAGGGCCUGACGCCGCUGACGUGCGCGCUGCGCUACAACGCGGCCGAUGUGGCCGACAUCGUGCGCUGCUACUCUGCCGGCGCGGCGGCGACGGGGGCGGCGGAGGACCACGACAUGGAGUAG